AGCGAUGGCCACGCUGCUGUACACGAUCAUCGGCAUGACGGCUUCGGCCUCGCUGAACUGUGCGGUGCGGCGUGAAAUAUCGCCCUGCACCUGUUCGCCCGGCCUGUUCGCCAACAACAUCGACGUCAAGUGCGAACAGAUGGAAUCGUUCGGUCAGGUUGUGAACGCGCUGCAGGAUCGCUUCACCGAGGAUCACAACAUCUGGCUAACGAUUUCGCACUCGCAACUGCUCGAUCUGGCCGCCCUAUCGUUCUGGGAGAUGAACAUGAACAUCAAAUCGCUCCGGAUAAACUUCGACAAUCUAAGCCAUCUACCGGUAUCAUCGUUCCGUAACUUACCUCGGUUGGAUCUGUUCAGCGCAGCGGACAAUUUGCUCGAGGAGAUACCGCCCGAUAUGUUCGAACAGAUGCCCAACUUAGGAACGCUCGAUCUAGCACGCAGUCGCAUACGCUACAUCUCGGGCGACACGUUCCGGCACCUCCAAAACCUGCGCCACUUGAUCAUGGGCAACAAUCAGUUACAGCGCAUUGAUACGGACGCUCUGCCGAAAACGAUUCACUCGCUACAGCUCAGCAUGAAUCAGCUUCGCUCCCUCAAUGGAAGCAUUCGACAUCUGGACGAGCUCAAGCUACUGUUCAUCAACGAAAACAACCUCACAACACUUGCCGGUGAGUUGCCGCUCGGUUCGCCCAAUCUGAUCAUGAUCACGGCCCAAAACAAUCAGCUCGAACAGCUACCGGCCGAGCUACGCUAUCUCAAGAAUCUGGACAACCUUUGCGUUCCGGGCAAUCGAUUGCGCUCACUGGACGGGCUGCUCGCACGGGCUACCCAUCUGACGAAGCUGCUCGCCCAGGACAACCAAAUCAGCGAACUGCGCCGGGAUGAGUUUGUCGAGGCGGAACGGCUCGAGGAGCUGAAUCUUGCCGGUAACUGGCUGGUGAAUCUGAACGGAUCGCUGCUCAACUGCAAGGGACUGAUCAAUGCUAACUUUAGCGAGAAUCGUCUGCGCGAAUUUUCCCUGCAGGAGGUGGCCGGCUUGAGGAAGCUGCGCCUGCUCGAUCUGUCCCACAAUCACAUCGAGGUGCUGAGCGGUCGUAUGGAGAAUAUGAUCGAUUCCGGGCUGAUCAUUUCCGAGCUGAGGCUCAACAACAAUCGGCUGCGCUCGCUGGACGGUGCGCUGAUGGGAUUGAACAAUCUGCGCAUCCUGAACGUGGCUCACAACGAGCUGCAGACGAUUACACCGAACGAUCUGAUCGGGAUGGAGGAGCUGGAGCGGUUGGAUCUAUCGUUCAAUCAGCUCAAGACACUGGAGGAACUGUCCAAGACGUUCCUGCCCUCGCUAGAAUCGUUGAACGCAUCCUACAAUCAGUUGACGACGAUGCACAAGGACUUCCACGGAUUGCCGAUUCUAUGCGUUGCCGAUCUAUCGAAGAACAUGAUCCGAGAGCUUUCGAUCGACCUCGUGUCGAAUACACGCUGCAGUAAUCAUGGCGUUCCGAACCGGUUGGAGAUCUUCCUCGAUGAAAAUCCGGUUCUGUGCAACGAAUCGCUCCCGGAGCUGAUCAAUCAGAUGGAGUUCUACCACACGCGACUAAACGGUGUAGCUCACUGUAUCGUACCACAGCAGAUGCCAGUAGAGACGCCGAUCUUCAUUCAACCACCGAUCGCCAUGUUGCAGCCGCUACUCAAACCACAAGCCCCGCUCGUGCCCUCGAACGUUAUGAUCCAACCACCCUCGAUCGUGCAGAUUCUCGUCCCCUCGACGCUCGUUAUGCCGGCUGCCGCCGUUGCACCAGCACCGCCUGUACCAGCCUCAGCUGCCGUCUCAGUUACUGGACCCAUCACACCGAUUCUUCCUGCUGGCGUCCCACUAGCCCUUGCAACUGUUGCUCCGAUACCGAUUUUGUACGAAACUUCCACAAACGCACCAUCAGCUCCUCCAGCAGUACCGCUAGUGGCAGCUCAUCUACCAAUUGGGUCCUCUUUGGGUGCGCUUCCGUCCACCAGCGGUCCCUCACUACCUAACAGCAUCCCACAGACGCAUCUACCGGCAAACGAUGACGAUCUUGAUGAUGAACCCGGUGUCAGUGUCCUGACUAUCCCUCAACAGCAACCGUACGACGAGCUAAAGUAUGAAACAGCCCCAGCACAGGACCCACUGGAUCGAUCGGGCACGGCAGCGGGACACACCAUUCACGACGAUAACAACGAUGUUGGUCGAUCAGCAAUCGGCACCCACGGCAAUGAGUCGGGGGAUGGGCAGGUCACGGCCAGCACCACCACCACCACCACCAUGCAAACCAUCCUGGAGUUCAAGAACCUCAUCCACGACGGUAGCUACGGUGGUGCGUCAUCAUCUUCAUCGUCCGCCAUACUGGUAUUGCCGCCGGAGGUACUACCACUUCCGCUCGACAAAGCGCAGGGUUUAGCGACGGAACCGGAAGAAGAGCCGCCGGAAACGCAACAGGAUCAGCACGUCGAGCUAGAGAGUGAUAGGCAGUGA